AAAAUCUAUAAUGCCUCCUGCCAUGGCAGAUAUCCUGGACAUCUGGGCAGUAGAUUCACACAUAGCAGCUGAUAGCUCAAUCUCUGUGGAUUGCCUGCUUCCCACUGGAAUUUACAUCAGUCUAGAUGUUCCUCGUGAUGCCACUAUUUGUCAUAUCAAACAGCUACUAUGGAAACAAGCACACAGCUAUCCUCUAUUUCAUCUUCUUCUGGAGAUUGAUUCAUAUAUGUUCUCCUGUGUGAACCAAACAGCAGUACGCGAGGAACUGGAGGAUGAAACCCGAAGACUCUGUGAUAUUAGACCAUUUCUUCCUGUUCUCCAGUUAAUUACAAGAAGCUGUGAUCCAGGAGAAAAGUUAGACUCUAAAAUAGGUGUUCUCAUAGGAAAAGGCCUCCAUGAAUUUGAUGCCCUACAGGACCCAGAAAUCAAAGAAUUCCGGAUUAAGAUGCGACAAAUUAGUGAAGAGAAAAUGCAGUCACUGAUGGGAUUAUCUUCGAUGAAUUGGUUAAAGCACACAUAUCCACCAGAAUUAGGACCAGCAAUCCAGGACAACUUCCAGGAUAAACUUUAUGGUGGCAAUAUUGUUGUGGCUGUUCAUUAUGAGAACUCUCAGGAUGUAUUUAGUUUUCAAGUGUCUCCUAAUAUUAACCCUAUUAAGUUAAAUGAGAUGGCAAUUCGGAAAUGGUUGACUAUCCAUGGAAAAGAACAUGAAGAAGUUGAUCCUUAUGAUUAUGUAUUACAAGUUAAUGGAAGACUGGAAUAUGUUUUGGGGGAUCAUCCAUUAAUUCAAUUCCAGUAUAUCCAUCGUUGUGUAAUAAACAGAGCUCUUCCUCAGCUGACACUUAUUGAAUGCGGCACAAUUAAAACAAUGUAUGAACAGGAAAUGAUCGCUAUAGAAACAGCAGUAAAUCGAAAAUCAAACAAUCUUCCUCUUCCUCUACCACCCAAAAAAUCACGUGUGACUCAAAGUGUCUGGGAGAUUGGCCAGCCUUUCAAAAUUUUGCUAGUAAAUGGUAGUAAAUUGGAUACAGAAGAAACUGCCAAAGUUCAUAUCAGGGCUGGCCUCUUCCAUGGCAAUGAACUCCUUUGUAAACCUAUUGUAAGCUCAGAAAUAGCAGGGAGAAAUGACCAUGUUUGGAAUGAACCCUUGGAAUUUGACAUCAAUGUCUGUGACUUGCCGAGAAUGGCUAGAUUGUGCUUUGUGGUUUAUGCUGUUAUGGAUAAAAUGAAAAAUAAAAAAUCAGCCAAGGCACUGAAUCCAUCCAAAUACCAGACCAUGAGGAAAGCUGGGAAAGUGCAUUAUCCUGUGGCAUGGGUCAAUACUAUGGUAUUUGAUUUUAAAGGACAGUUGAAAACUGGAGACCUUCUCUUGCACAGCUGGUCAUCAUUUCCUGAUGAACUUGAAGAAAUGUUGAAUCCAAUGGGAACGGUACAGACUAACCCAUACACUGAAAAUGCAACAACUGUGCAAAUCAGAUUUCAAGAAUAUUCAAAAUGUCCUAUUUAUUACCCCCCUUUUGAUAAGAUACUUGAAAAAGCAGCUGAGAUUGCAAGGAACAGUGAUUGCUCUGGCAUGGCAGGUCGUGGUGGCAAAAAGUUCUUCAUUGAGCUAAAGGAGAUCAUGGAAAGGGAUCCCUUAUCCCAGCUGUGUGAAAAUGAAAUCGAUCUCAUUUGGACAUUACGAUUUGACUGUCGUGAAAAUUUUCCACAAUCCCUGCCAAAACUGUUGCUAUCUGUGAAAUGGAACAAGCUUGAAGAUGUUGCUCAGCUUCAGGCUCUUCUUCAGAUAUGGUCAAAACUGCCACCUAGAGAAGCAUUAGAAUUAUUAGAUUUCAAUUAUCCUGAUCAAUAUGUAAGAGAAUAUGCGGUGGGCUGUUUACGACAAAUGAGUGAUGAAGAACUUGCUCAGUAUCUCCUGCAGCUUGUGCAAGUCCUGAAAUAUGAAGCUUUUCUUGACUGUGCCCUCUCCAGAUUCCUAUUAGAGAAAGCCCUGGCAAACAGAAGGAUAGGACAAAUGUUGUUUUGGUAUUUGAGAUCAGAAAUGCAUAUAUCUACAGUCUCUUUGCAGUUUGGUGUGAUAUUGGAAGCUUAUUGUCGUGGAAGCAUCACUCAUAUGAAAGUUCUUUCCAAACAGGUUGAAGCACUGAAUAAGAUGAAGACUUUGAAUAGCUUAAUCAAGCUGAAUGCCAUGAAGCAAAGUAAAGCCAAAGGGAAGGAUGCAAUGCACACCUGUUUAAAACAAAGAGCAUACAGAGAGGCCCUUUCCCAUCUCCAGUCCCCUCUGAAUCCAUCUGUUUUACUUUCAGAACUUUGUAUAGAGAAAUGUAAAUAUAUGGACUCAAAAAUGAAGCCUUUAUGGAUAGUAUACAGUAACAAAGCGUUCCCACCACAAUCUUAUCUAUCAAUUUUUGUUACAGAUCUACGACAAGACAUGUUGACUCUUCAGAUGUUACGUUUAAUGGAUUUACUUUGGAAAGAAGCUGGGCUAGACUUUCGACUGUUGCCUUAUGGCUGUUUAGCAACUGGAGAUUAUUCUGGUUUAAUUGAGGUGGUUUCAGCCGCUGAAACAAUUGCAGACAUUCAACUCAACAGUAGUAAUGUUGCUGCAGCUGCUGCAUUCAACAAAGAUGCUCUGUUAAAUUGGCUUAAAGAAUACAAUACUGGAGAAGAUUUGGAUCAAGCCAUUGAGGCAUUCACUUUGUCUUGUGCUGGCUACUGUGUAGCUACUUAUGUCCUGGGCAUUGGAGACAGACACAGUGACAAUAUCAUGGUUAGGAAGAAUGGUCAGCUGUUUCAUAUAGAUUUUGGUCAUAUUCUUGGAAACUUCAAAUCCAAAUUUGGAAUUAAAAGAGAACGAGUCCCUUUCAUCCUUACAUAUGAUUUUAUUCAUGUCAUCCAGCAGGGAAAAACUGGAAACACUGAAAAAUUUGGCCGGUUCCGCCAAUACUGUGAAGAAGCAUACCUGAUUCUGCGAAGACAUGGCAACCUAUUUAUCACCUUGUUUGCACUAAUGUUAACAGCUGGGCUUCCAGAGCUAACUUCUGUUAAAGACAUCCAAUAUCUAAAGGACUCUCUUGCCUUAGGAAAGAGUGAUGAGGAAGCAUUAAAACAGUUUAAGCAGAAAUUUGAUGAAGCACUCAGAGAAAGUUGGACUACAAAAGUAAACUGGAUGGCACACACAGUUCGGAAGGAUUACAGAUCCUAAAUGGUGGAUGAAUUUGCACUAACCUUAGAAGUUAUCCUGACAAUAAAGCA